UGUAGUGGGACCAGCCUUGCGCCGUCAUCUGUUUUGGAAAUUUAAUUAGCCGGUGCAAUGAAAUUAAUUGCUUACCUGGUGAUUUUGUUCUUUUGCGGUAUUAGGCUCCUGGACGCAACCCCCGACCAGACAAAAAUCAGCGAAUGCCCCAGCCGCAGCGUACCACAGAUUCGCGCGGAGGCGGCGCAGUUUGACAUCUCGCUGGUUUUUUACUACGUGUCGUGGGCCAGCGAUGCACGAAGCGCGCGCCUUGUCUUCAAUGGUCUAUCCCACUACUACCAGGAGUACGCCUACUUUGGGGCCAUCGACUGCUGGCACCUGCUAUGCAACUGCAGCCGGACCUUGAUGCCGGCACCGGGAGUGGUGGGCGCUGGCGGAUAUCCGGAUAAGUGGCCCACAUUGGUGGUGCGCUUUGGCCAACGACAGAUGCUGCAGUACCAGGGCGCCUGGAACUUCGAGGACCUAGCCCGCUUUAUGAACUACAUCAUUCAGCCGAUAGAUCGGGCUCAUAGCAGCCAGGAGCUGGCAGUCAUUAGGAAGCAUUCGGAUGCAGUGGUGCUAGGCUUGCUGAACUCUCCCGAGGAUAGGGAAUAUCAACGAUACCUGGCGGCAGCGGUGCGCUGGCUGGAACUGGAUCCGGAAAGGAAUAUCCGUUUUACAGUCAAUUUCGGAGACAGUGCAAAGAGAAUGCUCAAGGCCUCAGAGGCGACACUCCCCCAAUUAGUAGUGAUCGAUAGCCUGAACGGAAUCCACACCUUUAACAGCACUUCGGCAGAGUGGAAAACCCUGGACAUUUUGCGAUGGGUGCGGCACACCCUCAAGAACACCUCCCUGUUCUCAAAUGGCUAUGGAAACCCAAUGACUAUUGCCAUGAAAGCCAGACACGUUCCAGUGCUGGCCAUGGGUGUACGGAUGAACCACCCACAUCAUUUGAGUGCCAUGCCAUUGGUAAUGGGCGAAGAGAUGGCCUCGGCUCAAAAAAAGCAAACGGACGGAUGCGAAGAGUACUGGAGCAGGCAGGAACAUCAGACUGACGAUACGAUUUCUAUAAUGAAGAUGCCUAAAGAACUGUAUAGGGAAGGGAACAGAGCGGAUAGUUGCUAUCCCGUUUGGAAAAGAAACCUGGCCACCUUAGCUAACUACUACCGGAUUAAUAAGUACAUUGGCCAUCUGUGGGACCACUACAGCCACAAAAACGAGCUGGGAAAAACGAAUGUGCCGCAUUUGCUGGCACUGCACUCGAGGAAUCUUUGCCUUGCGCACACGCAACACGGGACACCGGCAAUGAAGAUUGGGAUUGCCAAAAUGGUCACUAAGUAUGGCCAACUAAUCUGGCAAUAUUCAUCGGACCGCGCUGCCCACAAUCGCUCCCUCGGCGUAGUGAUUUUCGACUCUGUACGAUAUAGAGAUUACCUCCUGAAACUGGGUAUUCAUCAACAGAAUCAACAGGUUCAGGUUUUCAUCGUGGACGUCGCUGAAGAGUCUCUUUAUGUUAUGCCUCAGCAACAUCAGUUUUCAUACGUGGUCCUAAAAGACUUUAUUCGGCAAUUUUAUGCCAGAAGCUUGCCAAGGAUUCACCGGAAUGUACCAUCAUCGAAUAAUUCCGAACUAGCAAGGGUCUAUAACAGGCAGUUGUUACUACAGGCGCUCCAGCAGUCAAAUGCAACCAAUGUGGUCUUUCUACAACGGCCGGAUUGUGCCUUAUCUGCUGUUCUGUCGCAAGCGUUCUUGCAGGUUACCGCUUUGCUCAGCAGCCCCGAAGUCCACUUCAUCCGAUUCGACAGUCAAGCCAACGAUCUGCCCUGGGAACUAGCCAUGCCAAUAUCACCCUCGCUGAUUGUCUUUCCUAGAACCAAGCCCACAGAAUCUGUUGUGUUUCCGAGAGAUGUGCGGAUCGACGUACAGAGUGUGUUUGCAUUUGUUAUUGCCCAGCUCGACCCCGAGCAGCAGUUAAGGUCGAUCCUAACAAGCUGCAGAAGGCGAAUGCGAAACGUAAGGAGCUGCCUCGACUUUGCUCGUAAUUUGGUGCUCCAGCACGUAAGCCAGUACCUCAAGUUCUGGGAAAUUUACAAGCAAGAGAGGGACUCGAUAUUAUCCCAUCUAAGGGAGUUUAACGACCUACACAUGACCAUCGAGAGCAGUAUCCGGUUAUAACACUGUCCCCCACCCCCAUCGGCCUUUUAAACUUUUAAUUCGUUGAUUACACUUGAAAAUCAGAUGCACAGUAGCAUCUGUAACCAUAAGUCCAAAGUUGUCUCUUCUUAAGGUAUUUAACACUCAUAGCUGUAAAUCUAGAAAAUGAUAAGUGGAUUAUAAAUAAAGAAUAAUGUACAUACA